GAGUCACAUGAGUGGUUUGUUUUGGUCGUGACAGAUCAUCUUUCUCAACAUGCAGCUUCACCAUUGCGGAUUAAACAUUAUAAUUUCCAGCUUCGGUGAAGUUAUGUGAACGGUUCCGGGCCGGAAGCAGAAGAAAAACGUGAGGAAUCGUUCUGUCUCGGUUAUUAAAGGACGAAGCCAUGCUGCGGUGGAUUCUUGGUGGUCGGGAAGCUCAGGGCUCAGUGGAGAAAAGCCCUGUGUUGUGCAUCGGAGAGGAACAGCCCAAAAACUGCUUCACUGAGCUGCAGGUGCUGAAAGGACAUUUUGACAUUGUUCGAUUUCUGGUGCAGAUUGAUGACUUCAGAUGUGCCUCCGCCGGGGACGAUGGCCUGGUCCUGGUGUGGAAUGUGGAGACUGGCGAGAAGCUGCAGGACCUGAGGGGCCACUCGCAGCAGAUAACGGCCUUAACCACCUUCACUGAGAACAACGAGCUCACGUCUCACACUUCGCUCAUCACCGCCUCCUCGGACCGAACGCUCAGCCUGUGGGACCCCGACACGGGCAACAGGGUUCAGACCAUCUCUGAUCUCCAGUCUUCUGUGAAGUGUCUGCUGGUGCUGGAGCGUCUGGGUGUGUUCAUCUCCGGAGGUGAAGAACUGUGCGUGUGGAACAAAGACUUCCAGCUCCAGUGUCACAGACAGAACCACAGCGACACAGGAAUAACCGCUUUGAUAGAGCUGCCCAAGAACUGUGUGGCGGCUGCUAUGGAUAAAGAAAUAGUGAUUUACAGACUGACCGUCUCCACCGACUCGUCUGUGUCCAUGGCUGAGAUCCGAUGUCUGUCCGACCACCAGGACCGGAUUCGAGCUCUUAUUAACGUCAACGACGGGCUCUUCGCCAGCGGCUCCCACGCGGGCGAGCUGAUCUUAUGGGACGCCAUCGAGUGGAACAUCUUGGCCUACGAGCACAUCCUGUGGGAGGAGUCGCAGUCCUGCGCCCAGGCUGAGAUACGAAUGGCUGCCCCCAAACCCAGCGAGAUGUCCAUCCAGCACCUGACCACCAACGGGAAGCUCAUCCUUGCAGCCGUGGGCAGUGGCCUCUACGUCUACAGCGUCCUGACUAAAACAGUGGUGGCCUACAAGAAGGUGGCUCAUGACUCUAAUGUGUUACACACCAUGCUGCUGUCUGACAGUGAGCUCAUGUCCUGCUCUGAAGACGGCAGCGUGAGGAUGUGGGAGAUCCAGGACUUACCUUUACCUGCCGAACCGGCGUCUGCAGGGUUCUUCGGGAUGUGGACUUUCGGCCGUUCUAACAAACAGUGCGGUCCUCCGCCUAAGAAGGUCAUCGAUGUUCCAAACAUCCGGAUGCUGGAGCUGACAGGAGAUCUGAUCGGACACUCGGGGGCCGUCCAGAUGUUUGUGAGCUUCAAGGAGAACGGUUUGGUCACAUGCUCCACGGACCACCUCCUGAUUCUGUGGAAGAACGGGGAACGACAGUCACGCCUGCGCAGCCUGGCGCUUUUCCAGAAGCUGGAGGAGAAGGGAGGACUCUGACCUUUGACCCUGAAGUCACCGCCUUUACAGAAGAGGAGGAGGAUGUUUGAUGUUACUCAGAAAUAAUUUAAUUAUUUACAUUUACCACUAAUGACUGAAAACUAGUUUCAACUAGAAAUAUAAAAACUGUGUAAAUACCUGUGAAGUUUGCCAGAAUAUUGUUUUUUUGUUUGUUUUUUAACCAAGCGUUUCCUGUCAUGAGGCCGUGCAGACGUCCAUGUUGGUGCCUCUUUAUGUUUCCGUCUGCUUUAAGAUGUAUUUUUUGUUGUUUGCGAUUCUUUUCCUCCAGUUGUGCUGUGAGGAGAACGUUGCAGCUGCUCUUGCAUGUAUGAAUUUUGCACUAGUGUAUUUUGUUUUUUUGCUUUUUUGCAGAAAGUUUGAUGAGAACAAUGAUCCCACUCUCAGAUCUGUGUGUUAAAUGCAGCUGCUUAGCCUAGCUUAGCUAGCUUAGCCUAGCUUAGCUUAGCUAAACAUUUAACAUUUUCUGAUGCUAACAUUUUUUUUUUUAAACAUAUCUACGAAUCAAGAAACGUAAUCUUUGCUGAUACUAUUCAUCACUAAUAGUAAUUAGGAAAGAACCUGUUUACUAUGUUCUGAUGCUAAUAAUUAGCGAACAUCCUGUUCGGUGUGUGAGCAGAAACAAAUGUGCCACAAAGCCAUUAGCAUCAACAACAAACCAAAAAUCCGAUGCUCAUGCCUUUUCAUUUUUACAUAUCGUCGUAUUUAUCGGGUCUCUUUUAAGCUCAGAUAUUUUUUUGAAGUCGCCAUAAUUGUUAAUGAUUGUUGUUAAUCACUGCAGAACUUUCUUCUACCCGCAGCCUUAGUCCAUUUUUCAUCCAACACAAAUAAAAAGCAAAGUGAACUGUUA